AUGGUCAUCAAAGCUGGAGUCAUGUACAAGCACAAUUCGCCGCUGCUUUGGUGGCGGCCUCGGUGGACGCCAUACGUGUACACGCUUACAAACGAGCACGAUCUGCAAGCAUGUGACGUCCACAGCGGCAACGUCGUCGCUGUCGUCGCGUUGGCAGAUUGUCAGUUGGCAUAUUCGUGUGUGAAAUCCCACGCUGACAUUGAGUGGUCUGAAUGCAGCAAGCCAAAGCAGACCAACAACGAAGGGCUACCAUGGCGACUGCGCCUGGACAGCAGCAAGCGUUUUAGAGGCAGCGGCAUUGUGUUGGCCAUGGCGAGUGAACGAGAUUGGGUCGAGUGGAUUGAAGCGUUGAAAAGCAUUCCAAGUAUGACCACCACCACUACCACAGACGACAAAGUAGCGACCACAUCAUCCACAGACCCGCGCCGCUCCAGCUCGUGCACAACACAUCGGACCGCCACAGGCAGGAAUACACAGACCAUUCUACUCAAAAGUGCCAUCAACCAAAGCCUCGAACAAUACGAACCAACCAAACCAACUCGCUCAACAUCGGCCAAGUAA